UUUUUCAAUCAGAUGUCACUUAUUGUUUACUUAGAUGUAAGUUAAGAUAAAAGCAACUGCAAAUGAUAACAGUUGCAUGAAGAUAUACAGAGUAAUAAAGAAUUGUGAACAAUUAAAGGUGGGUGGGGUAAUCAAAAAUGAAUCUUAGGUAUAAUUUUUACCGAUGUAGCAGCCACAAUAGAAUAGUCCUUAUAAAUUUACAUGUUUGUCAUUUAGAUAUGAUAUGUUUUAAAUUUAAUUUUAACAAAAGCCUAGAAAUAUUCUUGGUAAACAUUGUUCUGCUUUAAAUAGAUCUCUUUAAAGCUAUGUGCGCCGUCAAAACACCGGACAUUUCAGAUCGAUGAUAUUUUAACUAUUCAAACAGAAUAAAAGAAGUAUAAAAAGUGAAACCAAUUAUCUACCGGUAAGUUACAUUCUGUCAUUACGUUUUAAAUCUUUUAAACCCAUCAAAUCCAUUGAAAAAUACAGUAGGAUUAAUUUCAAGGGGUACUUUUUACUGGUAGGACUUAUUUUACGGAACCAUGUUUACUAUAACACCUGAAGUUUUAUGGAGGGAAAAUUUGAAAAUGUAAAAAAAAGUUUUAAAUGUUUGCCACAAACCAAAAUACUAGUCCAAAUGUAAGUUAUGGUGGUUUUACACAUUAUAUAUGUAUAAAUGUAUAUAAGGAUCAAUAUUUAAGGGAACUUUGUUUAGAAUAGAUUUAUAUUCAAAUUUGCAGUGUCAUCAUUGAAUGUUGUUUACAUGCACUUAUUAGUCUUAGAUCUAUAAUGUUCUUUCUAAAAUGCAUGUGGUGAUAUGUUUAAGUUAGACAAGUAGCUCCUAUGUUCAGGGUUAUUCUAGAUAAUACAGAAAUGAUGUUUGGCACAUGAUUUAUGUGCAUGAUUAAUUCUGCAUAUUAGGUAAAUUGAAACGGUGUUAGCAUAAAAUGAUGCUCUUCAGAUUUAUCCCAUUUAAUUUGCAGUUUGUGCGGGGAGGCCAACUACCAUGGAAAAGAAACGAAAACUUACAUUUUCUUCAGACUAUUGCUGCUUUUGUCAAAAGCAGUUUACUUCAACUGGCAAACAAACACUAAACCCACUUAAGUUUGAUACAUUGCUAUCUAUUUGCAAGGAACAAAAUAAUGAAAUAUCACAAAAUAUUGUUGUAAAUGAAGACAACAUUAGAAAUGGUGAUGUAAAAUUGUCAUAUCAUAAAAACUGUCGAACAAAAUUUAUAUAUUUAAAACCAUUUAAUUCCAAACCAGAUGUAGAAAAUGGUGCCUCUACAUCAAAUAGUGAUCUUGCGACACCACCAAAGUAUACCAGGUCACAGUCAGAUCAGUUUAAUUGGAAAGAAAAUUGUUUCAUAUGUGGGUGCAAGUGUAGCACCAAACAUCGUUCUAAAUGGUCAAUGGUUGAAGGAUCAAUUGAUGAAAAUUCUAAAAUGUAUUCACAACUAUUAAAUAUAUCUUCAUCAAAAAAUGACAUGAACUUACACUCAAGAUUGUUAAGUUGUAAAGGAGAUUUGGUGUCUGUGGAGGCUAGAUAUCAUAGGGGCAGUAAAAACAAAAAUUGCUUGUCUAAGUAUCUGCUGAAUUUGCCUAGCCCAAAUACUGAUAAAGUUCUUGACCAGAGCAUUUUAGAAAAAGUAUGUACACAGUUGAAAAAUGAGUUACAUAUUGAGAUUGAAACAAAACGAAGUGUACUUGAAUUGACUGAUUUAAAAUCGAGAAUGAUUGAACUUUUUGAAAAACACGGAAUGGAAAUUGGAGUUUCGAUGAUGCGCACUAACAGAUUAAAAGUUGCCUUUGGAAAAGUUUGGCCGGAACUUAUGUUUAUUCCACGGGAAGGUACCACCGACCUCGUUUGUUCACGAGAGAUUGAUGUUGAUGAAGCGUUAGCAAAGUAUGUCAAGUUAGAGAAGUCUUUUCAGUCGGCAGCCGAACAGAAUGAUAUUGAAGAAUGCCUAUCCAGUGUAUUCUUAGAUGAAAAUGCAAAUGAAAACACAGUUUUGUAUGAAGCAGCUGUUAUAUUGAGAAGACGAAUUCAGCAGUCACAUGGCCUUGACAAUAUGUACUUUUCUAAAGAUGAGAUCAACAUUAACGAACAGGUCAAAUUCUUAGAUCCUUUAUUGUUCCAAUUUGUAAAUUGGGUAGCCUCUGAUUCAAAACUAGAAGAUAGUCAUAAUGAUCCAGAUCAGAGAAUAGUAUCUGUGUGUUCAGAUAUCACAUAUCUAGUUAAACAUGUGAUAACUCCCAAACACCUCGGAUUAUCCAUAUAUCUCCACCACUCAUUCGGGAGUAAGAAACUGAUAGAGGAUUUACACAGUCACGGAUACACAUUGUCUUACAACGAAUAUAGACAGUUCUUAACAUCUGCAGCAUUACAUGCAUCAUCCAUGCAGAAGAAGACAUUUUCAGGUGCAAUUAUCCCUGCUCAUAUGUCACGGGAAGAAAGACCUGAUGAUGACCUAAUCGUAGUUGCAGCGGACAACUGGGACCACAACGAAGCAACGCUUAGUGGGAAACAGUCUACACAUGCCAUGACAAGUAUCCUGAUAACUGGAAGAAACCGGUGUGCAUCAGAGCGCAUACCUAGAGUGUCAGAACGGUCAAUCAAUCUAUCAAGUCUACCAGGUGUUGGACUAUCAAAUACUCUGGUGUACAAGAAACCUACAAGCAGGCCAAUUCCACCAUUAUCUCCAGUUGAGAUCAGCGAACUCAAACCAUCCGAGCCCGCCGAAACUCAGAAGAUGCGCACAAAUGAGUUAAUGUAUAACAUUAAUCGAUUAGUAACCACUGAAUGUCCGCCGUGGACUGUUUUUCAAACACAUGCAUUUCCUGAUUCAGUUCAAGAACCAUCUGAAAUUGUGUAUAAUCCAAUCAUCAUGGCACCUCCAAAUGAUCCAAACACUGUUUACACAACACUUAAACGCACAAAAGAGCAAGUAAAUGCAUUGGGUCAAUCUGUGUGUCCAGUAAUAUUUGAUAUGGGUUUGUUGACCAAAGCUCUGGAAAUUGUGUGGUCUAGACCUGAGGAAUUUGAAGGUGUUGUACCGAUUGAGGGUGGAAUGCAUUUUAGAUAGUUAGAUAGUUUUCAGAAAGGCAAGUUCGUAGCAAAACUCACAGAUGGCACGUUUAAUUGUGUUUGGAUUGAUUACGUAUUGGAGGUCACUCAGAAUAAAAGUCUGAAAUCAUCAGGUGGAAUAGUUGGAAUAACACACAAUGACAGUGCUUUGAUGCGAUGGUUCCUAUCAAGACCAUUAACAGCCAAGUAUGCAAUGGAGUUUCAAUCAGGGCAGAAACCAUCACACCAUGACCCUGGGAAACAUCACACAGAUACUCCUUACCAUAGGAAAGCAUACAAUGAGUCUGUUGAUCAAAUGCUUAAGCUGUUUGAAGAGGAUACCUUCAUUGAUCCGUUUUGUCUGACUUCACCCCCAUCUACCCUUACAAACAUGGCCACCGGUGUGCCAGCCCCACCAGAGAUUGCUGCAAGUCUAUUGGGAUGUCACAUUACUGGUGAAACGAUGUUGCACAAUUUUGUACGUGACCGAUUUCAGGUGAAAGGUGAACAGCCACCGAAGAAAAAAUUCUUUGAUCCAAUGCCUCGAACAAAGGUAAAGACAAUGGGAGCCACAAAGGCAUCAGUAAAACUAAAAAACAAGACCCUUAACAUCAAUGGCGAAGAGAUGUACCUCAGAUUACUUGCCAUCAAUGCAUACAAGAAGGUUCCAUUGGAACGUGUUGUUUCCUUCGAGAAUGCCCCAGCUCCCUUAAGUUUGUUUGCAGAUGAUGGUACGAUGUGUUCAACCCAAAAAAUCAGAUUUCAUGCAGAAGUUAGAAAAUCUUGCCGGACCUGAAAAUGUUAUCAGGAAUUGUUCUGACAUAUCACAUAUUGAUUCUGUUGUGUUUGAUGGUAUGGCCAUUAUACAGAUGUUGCAACCAAGGAUGUCAAAAGCCACUUACCAGCAAAUGGCUGAAGCAUUUUGGGAUCACAUCCUAAGACUGAGUGCAGGUGUUUUAAAUGUACAUGUUGUUUUUGACAGGUAUGAUGAGAACAGCUUGAAGAUGCAAACUCGAGAAAAACGUGGUGAGAAUGUAUUAUCGAUUGCCCCUGUCUCAAUCCAGCCCAACAUGGUCAUUGGAGAUUGGAAACGUGUCCUGACUAGUAGCAGGUCCAAAUCUGAACUAACGAAGCUAUUUACAAUGUAUGUUGCUGCUAAUUCUCAUGUCCUUCUUCUUGAUGGUGUAGAGGUCUUUGUCUCAGGUGGUCUCUAUGACAAAGUACUUAGAAUGACAAAUGAGUAUGUAGCGUAUGACAAAUCCCUUUUCUCCACACAGGAAGAGGCUGAUACUAGGAUGUUGCUGCAUCUUGUACAUGCCGCCUCUGAAGGUGCAAAGAAUGCUGUCUUAUUCAGUCCCGACACAGAUGUCCUGGUACUACUUGUUCACCAUUAUAGUUGCCUUGGAUUGUCAGAGUUGUACUUUAGAACAGGCACUAAGGGCAUGCACUCUGAUAAUACAAGGUACAUCAAAGUACAUACAAUACAUUCAAAAUUGCUACCAGCUAACAGAUCUAUCCUGCUGACUGUCUAUUGCAUGACAGGGUGCGACACAUGUUCCGCCUUCUAUGGCAUUGGAAAGAAAAAGGCGUAUAAUAUUCUCUGUCAACAUGCUGCCAAUCUUUCGGGGCUUGCCAGUCUUGGAGAAACAACCGAAAUUAACCAAACACAAAUAUCGGCAGCUACCUAUUUCGUCGGACUUCUUUAUGAUCAUGACAAAUGUCUGUCUUUGAACUUACUUAGACGGUUUCUUGUUCAAGCUGGCAAGGUAAAGCCAAGAAAACUGCCUCCCACAAGUAACAGCUUCUUGUUACAUUUGUUGAGAUGCGUGUACCAACUCUACAUUUGGAGAAAUGCAUUAACACAUUAUGUUGAUUUGCCUGAUCCAUUAGAUUUUGGGUACACUAAGUCUGGAUCUGGAUUGUACACUCCCCAAUUAAUGUCACAACCAAUGUCUCCCACAGAGCUCCUCAAUGACAUGGUGUGCACGUGUGAUAAUCAGUGCAAGGAUGAUUGUGUUUGUUCCUCAAAUGAACAACCUUGCACAUCAGCAUGUCAGUGUGAAGGGUCAUUGGACAGUCAAAGUAUAUGCCAAAAUCUCUUUACAAUGCUGGCAAACAUUUGUAGUGAUGAUGAGGAUGAUAUAUAAAUCACAGUUACACUUAAGAGUUAUGUUCUUUCUCAGUGUCAUGCAACAGCUAAAGCAUUUUAACCCCUACCAUGCUGGACACGACUGAUUUUGUCUUUGCGGCCAGUGUAGACUACAUCCGUGCAGUCUGAUCAUGGUCUGCACUGUUCGCUAUCCAGUCAGAAAAUUUUCAGUAAACAUCCCUUCAAAUGAUAAAUGAUACUGUCUACAUCUUAAGAUGGACCAGUCCAUUAUAGAAAUUUAGCAUGGUAAGGGCUAAUUAGGAUUUUACAAGCUGAUAAUGGGACAUAGGUUAUGAAAACUGUUAACACAAAGAAAAAAUCUUGGCUUCGCCUCAGUUUGUUUCUGUAUGUUAGUUUGUUAUCCGCUUUUAUUGCCCAUGUCCUGUUACUGGCUGGUAAAGUCCUCUUUUUUCUAUCCUAUCUUAAUCAUUAAAGAUAUAGAGAAAAGGUACAUGGAAGAUUGUGUUUGUGGGGUGCCAUAUUAACUUACAUUUGCUAUAAUGUAAAGUUAAAGCCCUACCUCCACGGCUUUUGUGGUCAUGCAACCCAUUAUUAUAAUAGGUAAUAGUUAAUCGCCACAAGUCACGCUUUUGCAUACAUAAACAGGGAGCCAUUUUAAAAGCAUUGUUUCAUUCUUUACUUUCUUACACUAAAUGAUGCAUUAUAGUAUUAAGUUAACUGUUGCAUUUAUGCAUAAUGCAUAGUGAUUUGCGAUAUACAUGUAGCAUUGAGCAGCAAAUCAUAUAUUUGCAUUUUGCAAAAUUUUACCUUAGAUGAGAUUCAUUUUAGAUUACACCACCCACAUAUAAAUCGCCUUAUAAUCAUAUGAAUGUAUUUUUUCAAUACAAUUGCUAUUAUUUGCAAUUGCCUGUGUCUUAACUAGCAUUUGAAUUUAAAAAAAAAAAUGUUUGACUGAAAAUAAAGAAAAUAUCAAAAUAAAUACUACCCCCUACCCCAAAUUUUCCCAUAUUUUCGGCUUAAAAUUGUCAAAAAUCAUAUAUUAUUUCUAACUUUGAUGUUAAUAUGUCUUUAAUUUAAUGUACUAUGUGUAUUUCUAUUAAUGAUAUCAAAAGAACAAAUAAAAGUUAAUAAAUUGUAGUGUUAUAUUGUCUAUAUAGACAGAUAGGUGUCUUUUGAGAUUUCGGCGGCCAUCUUGGCGGCCAUCUUGGAUUUCUCAAAACGCCACAAGUUGUCAUCUCAUAGCCCGGCAUUUUGAUAAACUUCAGACUAUGCCGAACAUUUUGGUAUAUGACUCAGCUUGUUAGGUUUUGUGGUUGGGUAAGUCAUUAAAUAAGCCACUUAUCAGCUAAUUGUCACUCUACCAUUACGCCUCCAUAUAAAAAGUACUGCUGGGUUUCUUUUUAGAAAUAUCUAGCAAGAUUUCAAUGUGUUGUCAUUAAAUGUUUUAUUUGGGGCACUUAAAGCCUGAACUGAAAGUGUAACUAUAAAUAUACAGCUGUCCUUA